GAGCGCCAAUGGAUGUUGAGUCGGCCAUGGAUUCAUUGGAUGCAGAGUGGGCGGACAUGAUGCGUAAUCCAGAUGAGGCUGACGACGACAAAUGUUUCGCAAUGGUGCAGUCGUACCUAGAGGCUUGUCCGGAGUCGCUCGAGAACGCCUCAGGCAGGAAACGAGGUCAGUGGAGCGUGGUUCGUUACAUGGAAAGGGUGACUGCAGCCACUGGCCUGGUAAAGGAUGCGGUUGGAGAGAUGAUGUGGUUCAAGUUGUACGUGGAGUUUGCCCAGACAACCAGAGGAGGCCGAUUGUCCGACGACCAGGCCGUGGCGAAGUGGAGGCAGUGGGAAGAGCAGAAGAAUCGGGGCGAUCAGAUUCUUCAUGACUUCGGAGGGCCAGACAACAGCAAAUUGCGUUUCUGGGUCAAGACCGCGGAUCAGCUCAUCUACAGGGACGGCUUCAUGCUUGACAUUCUCCAGCUCAAGGCCGAUGUCGAGGACGACGAGGAGCCGGACGAGCAGGAGGAGGCCGCUCCUUCACUGGCCGAAAGUUCUGAGGAGAAGAGCAACAAGAAGGAAGCCCAAUGGGUGGAGCGAGACAAGCAAGUCUCCCAGGCAGUGCGUGCAGCCAUGACAGCCUUGCAUGCCUUCCAGGAUAAAUCUCGGAGGCAGUUGAGUCGCCAGGAAGCUGAGAUGCCGGAGCUGAUCGACAAGUUCGGCGAGGAGAAGAGCAACUUCCUGGGGGAGAUCAAAAUCUAUGAGGUGCGCCUUGAGGCCUUGAAGCUGUGCUUGCAAAAAGAUGAGACCGCUUUGAAGCAAUUCAUUGCCCGCUUCGCCGGCCACUUGGCCGUCAACUCGGAGGAUGGCCAGACGGAUGCCACCAAGAAGGUGGAGAUUGGCAACUGCCCGCCCAUCGAGCUUUACCAGAAGCUCCAGACGUUUGACAGCCUCAGCAAGCUCAUCGAGCGGUACCACACCGCCACACAGCCGAAGCAUAUCAAGGACACCACAAGCGUGCUCACCGAAGCUCGUCUUCCAUUGUCGCAGCUCCUUGGGGCUUGCUUGCGUGCAGAGAAGUCUAUCAAGGGCGCCCAGGAUCAGUUGAAGAAGCAGGCAGAGCGACGGCAGGCGGAAGCACAGAAGCCCAAGGCCAACCCCGCACCAACCGAUGCAGCAGCUCUCUUCGAUCAAGGCGCCGCCGUUGCAGAGGAGCUUCCAAGGUAUCAGUUGGCGGACUUGAAGGAUGAGAGCUUCAACAUGUCUGCGCCUUUCGUGAUCGUGGCCCCCGAGUGGGCAGUGAAGGCCGAGGCAGAGAAGGGUGCUUUCAAGCUGGGCAUGGAUGAGUUCAGGACGUCUUUUGAUAUGACUCGCAAGCAGCAGAAAGGCAUCCGUGUUUCGAAG